AUAAAGUGGCAUGUUUAAUCACGUUAAAAGGAUCUUCAUAGCACGACGCUUCAUAGUUACUUAGCUUUCCAAUUAUUUAUUUACACGUACGUUUCAUUAUCGAACUGCAUGUCUUCACGCCUUGAUAAAUGAGUUUCAUUAUACAUAGUGUUUUCGGCUUAAAAACGAUAGUCUGUUUUGUGGAUUAUAGUAGUCUACCUACAUUUAUGACUAAGUUUCUUCAGUAACAUUGAAUUUUUUCGAGACUUCUUAACAUCUAAUGACUAACAUCUAAUGAUGUUAACGGCAAAAGUCAAGGAAUGUGGAAAAGUGAAGACACGUAAGACAUGGGAGUUAUUUAGGGCAACAGACUUCGAAUCGUUGAUGUACCCUUGCGUUUGCACCUGCUGGCUACUCGGAUAUUUUCCUUACAAGUAUCAACCUCCAGUAUACUCACUUUCGAAGCAACGUUUUGCCAUCUCCACGUCAAUAAUGUUCAUCUUUGUAUUCUUGUUGUUUUUCGUAAUCUACGAGAUCAACAUUGGCACGAGAAUAAACUACAGCAUACCAGAGUUGAUUCACGGGAACAUGUACGCGUUCUUAGAUGGGCUCGUGAUCGUGGUGAUGUAUUUGUUAACUGACGCUCGAUUAUCAGUGAUUCAAAAUCUGUCAAGAACCAGCUGCAUAUUGUCUACAAAGGAUUUCAAAGAUUUAUCUAAAUUGAUUCACACAAAGGACAUUUUAGGUUCUCUAUUUCUGGCCAUCCAUAUACCAAACUGUUUUAAGCACAAUAUUUUCGUGACAGUACGGAAUCUUACCAACAUAUACAUAAUGAUGGCCAACUUUUCCAUGGACAUAUUCUACAUAAAUUGCGUGUGCAUUUUGAAAGAUUGCUUCAAGAAAAUGGAAGAAUCUAUACGACAACUGAAGAAGUUCCGAAUCAAUGAUCAUAUGUCGACGCAGACGUUUAUGCAUCAUGAACAGAUAAGUCCAUUGGUGGUAAUGAAGCUGAAGAAUUUAGAGGAAAAACACUUGGAAAUCAGCGAUGGGGUGGAAUUGCUGAACCAUACGUUUAUGAUACGUAUUACAAUCGCAGCUAUUACGACGUUCAUCGUGAUCACUUUCGAUAUAUAUUUCUAUAUAAUUUAUUCCUACAGUGAAUUUCCUGUAAACAGCAAGUUCUGGUACAAACCGUAUGUCAUGCCAGCCGCUUUCUAUUUUAUCAAGUUUUGGAUGAUGAUUUGGGCGUGUGAAACAGCGACGAAUCGAGCGAGAGAAAUGAAGACGACACUUUGGGAUGUUUUCAGUGCUACGAACGAUCCAUUCGUGAAACGUGAGGUGGAGAUUUUUUCUCUGCAAAUAAUGCACACGACAAACAUAUUCACGGCAAAGACAUUCGAUAUGAAUUCAUCAUUUUUGGCAAAGAUCGUCGGAGGUAUCAUAAUGUACAUCUUGAUCCUGAUUCAAUUUUUACUAAACUACGUUGUGUGCACUCUUCAUAUGUAAUGAAAGCGAGAUCUUUGAAGUGACGUGAUUCUGUAGGCGUUCUUUAUUAAUUCUUUGGCAGCUUUUUGAUCGGCAAACUAUAAUGGAGGGAAAACAAGCGAAAGAAUAUUAAAUACUGGAAGUUGAUAACAUAAUCGCCGCAUAGAGCAGUGACGUCAAUAGAUACGUUCUAAGUAGAAAAAUUAACGAUAAUGUGUAACAUCAACGCGCUCCUUUCGACUACCUUCGUAUUUUUGAUAAACGAUACAUACAUAUAUUAUUACGACUCACUUUCUCGUCGAUAUUAAUUAUGUACCGUCAUUUAAGUUGUACAACCAAUAUAAGAAUCAGAUACUUACGAAAAUAACAGUUUUAAAUAUUCUGAUAAAACUUCUGUUUCAAAAUAUUGUUAUUUUAAAUAAUGUAUUUGUUAUAAUGGUUCACAGCUGAGAAAUUCACGAAGUAAGCACUAAGAUAGAUAGUGCAUCAUGAAUUAUUGUAGAUUCACCUGGUUUCAUCGAUCAAUUUCAAUCAAGAUAAUGCUGUUACUUCUAUAUUCCCUGUAAGUCUUUAAUAUUACGAAACUCCUUUCGUUAAUGAAUUGCACUAUUUUCUUGCUUUAGAUGCUCGAAUUAGAUCCGAGUAAAAAUGAUUAAAUUUCAUCAUUAUUCGACAAACAAUACUUAGACCUUUUACAGUGAGAGAUGUGUUUCUUCGUGUGACAGUACAAAGCACAGUCUCAAAGGUGAACUUAGCCUUCGUACGAAAAAUAAAGUUUCAUUCAUUUCGUGAGGACUAAAUCGUACGUAAAAAUUACUAAAAAUUAUAUUGUUUUAAUUCAAAUCUUUAAAAUGUUUAGUCAACCGCGGAAACUUGAACCAAGGACAAAUAAAAAACUUAAAUCAUCGUCGUUAUACUUCAGGAGUUACACGUCUUUAAUAAGUCCCGGUGCUUCUAUCAAUCGUUUAAUGGGAUUUUUACCAUACAAACUCGAAUCAUCGAAACUUGUGUAUUCGAAAUCAUACUUUGUUUUCUCUACAAUUUCUAUGAUUAUUUAUUCGAUCUGCGUAAUUCUUUCUCUGUUCCAAGUCAACUUUUCUUCUGUGCAGCUUCCAACACUUGCAAAUAAGUUACAUAUUACUCUCGUAUUUCUUUGUGGGCCUGUGAUUUUCAUCUCGGCUUAUGCCAAAAAUCAGUCAAUGAUCCGAGUGAUCGAUGGUAUCUCGAAUGUUUCUCGUGUACUGUCAUCAGAAACUUGGCAUAAAGUGGCUACAAGAAUUGUUAUA